CUUGACCUUUGCCCCUAGAUGAAAGCCUCAGGCAGCUACAAAUCCUAAAUGCUAGUUCUCAAGUGCACGCCCACACACUGAAAUUUAUGCCCCCUCGAAAAGAAUUUCCCUUUCUUCCCUAACCCAGUAAAAUUGCACGGUUCCCUAGGCUAAAUCAUCAAGUAAAACUGCUUAUCAUUUUUCACUACUUUGGCAUAGCAGUGCAGAAGCUAUGGCGAAUGUUCAAACUAUAAGGUACAUUACUAUUGACAUUUAGACAGCUGUUUGUUGGGUUUCUCCAUUUAUGUCCAAGCAUUUUUUUUGCACUAAGAAUGAUCUUGAAGCAAUUCAUGAUCUUUGUGCAUCACAAAUAUGCUUUAAGAUUUGAUUUUUUUCCAAUUUAUUAGUAGGGCUCUUUGAAACUACAAGAAGGAAUCUGCCUAUUGCUUGUGCACCUCAAUUUAUGAGCUGGAUUUGUUCUCAUAGCAAGCAAAAGAAAUUGGGUUCUUGGGAUUAUUAACUUAUGAUUCCCUGUUUGAUUCUGUCAAGUUGAGUAGAUGGUGCUUUAUUAUGCAGCCUAAGUGCAAAAAUGUCUUGGAUUCAGUCAGCAUUUGGAAGUAAAAUCAGCCCAAUAAUCCUUUUCAUUAUAGUAAUAUUAGCUGCUAUAUUCUUCAUCUCUGGUGCUGUCCACCUGCUUGUUAAAUUUCUCAUGAAGCAAAGAAAUUCAUCAUCACAGUCUAAUGCAUACCCAGAGAUGUCCACUUCUGGUGCUUUUCGAAGGGAGUUACAACACCUCUUCCAUUUACAUGAUUCAGAACAAGACAACUUGAGGCUUCUGCCCUUAUGCAGCCAUGCUUUUCACAUUGAUUGUAUAGACACAUGGUUACUCUCAAACUCAACAUGUCCACUUUGUAGAGGGGUAAUUUUGGAACCUGGGUUUUCUUUUGAGAACCCCAUUUUCACCUUCAAUGAUUCAAAAGAUGAAGAUGGAAAUUCAGGGAAUUCAAGUUUUAUUAGUGUAUCUUGUGGUCCAAAGACAAAUCAAGAAGAUAGUCGCAUUAUUAGUGACAGAAGGGUUUUCUCAGUGAGACUUGGCAAAUUCAAGAACACAAAUUAUAGUCAAGAAUGUGAAAAAAGAGAAGUGGGAGAGACUAGCAACAGCAAUAUUGAUGCUAGGAGGUGUUUCUCAAUGGGUUCAUUCCAAUAUGUGGUUGCUGAUUCAGACCUGCAAGUGGCCCUGUGCCCUCCUGUGAAAGGGAAAGGAGGGGAAAGUGGGAAUUUCACAACUGAUGAGGAUGCUUUUGAUGGGAAGAAAAUUAACACUAAAAGUAAAGGUGAAAGUUUUUCUGUUUCUAAGAUAUGGCUGUGGUCCAAGAAAGGUAAAUUCCCCGGUUCCACAGGUACUCCUUGUACUGACUGUGAAUUUGCCAUGAGAUGAUUAUGUUCAGAUAUACAACACGAUGACAAUUUAGUUAUAGCAAUUGUAGUACAAGUUCCUUUUUUUUUUCUUUUUUUUGUCUUCUACUUAGUUUUGUUCUUCAAUUCUUAGAGCUAAAGGACUUCUUCUUUUAUAUGCAAAUUGUUUUCUCUUUGAAGAUCUUACAAUAAAUCGAAUGGAGAGGAGUGGAUGGAGAAAUUGUCUAUCAGACGAACCUUUUAAAGUUUUUUUUUGCCAUA